GUAAGAUCCUAAGAGCUUCGGUGGGGCUUAAUUCGACUAUGUCUGUACAGGAUUGCGACUUUUUGCCGAUUUGACUGCUUUGCUUUCUCUCUCUCUCUCUCUCGUUUUCUUUUUGACCGGUUUGCACUUUUAUGUGUUGUGGCUUAAACCCUGUCCCUCACCUGGUGGGAGAGAAAUGCAUGGCACGAGGAUCAUCGUCAAGAGGACGGACCAUCUUCCCCCACUCAUCAGACAACAACUGGAACAAGUUAUGCUGGGAGUCGUGAAAAUGGAAGGACACGAGCACACGGAGUGGAGCAACUACUACGGCGAGCCGGAGGGCUACUCCACCAUGAACGCGGCCGGGCUGGGCAUGAACAGCUACAUGGGCAUGCCGGGCAUGGGCACGGCCGGCAACAUGACGACGGUGGCCUCUGGCGGCUCCAUGGGGAUGUCUUACGCGGCCGGCCCGGCGAGCAUGACCCUCUCCCCGGGCGCAGGGGCCAUGGCCGGCAUGGCGGCCCACCUGAGCCCCAGCCUCAGCCCGCUGGGCGCCCAGGCUGGUUCCAUGGGCGGCGCGCUGGGCGCUUACUCGGCCCUGAGCCCCGUCGGGGGCGGCGGCGGGGGCGGGCAGCAGCAGCAACAACAACAACAGCCGCCGCCGCAGCAGCAGCCCCAGCAGGGCGCCUCGCCCGCCUCGUCGGGGGGAUCCUCGUCGCAGGGCAAGAAGGCGCCCGCGCAGGAGCGCGACCUGCCCAACGGAGCCCCCGAGUCGCCCCACUCCAGCGCCUCGCCCUGCCAAGAACACAAGCGAGCCCUGGCCGACCUGAAGGGCCACCCGGAGCCCGCCCCGUCGCCGGCCCAGCAGCAGCAGCAGCAGCAACUGCUGGCCCAGCAUCACGCCCACGCGGGGCUCUCCCACGAGGCCCACCUCAAGGCGGAGCACCACUNCCACCACCCCCACCAGCACCAUCCCCAUCACAAAAUGGACCUCAAGGCCUACGAGCAGGUGAUGCACUACACCGGCUAUAGCUCCCCGGUGCCGGGCAGCCUGGCCAUGGGCUCCGUCACGAACAAAAGCGCCCUGGAGGCCUCGACUUUGGCCGCAGACCCUUCCUAUUACCAAGGGGUCUACUCGAGACCCAUCAUGAACUCUUCCUAAAGGGCAACU